ACAUCCACCACUACUGCAGCAGAAACAUCAACAACAACAGAGACCUCCACAAUCACAACAACUGCACCUGAAACGUCCACCACUACUGGAGCAGAAACAUCUACAACAACAGAGACCUCCGCAAUCACAACAACUGCACCUGAAACAUCCACCACUAGUGCAGCAGAAACAUCUACAACAACAGAUACUUCAACAAUCACAACAACUGCACCUGAAACAUCCACCACUACUGCAGCAGAAACAUCAACAACAACAGAGACCUCCACAAUCACAACAACUGCACCUGAAACAUCCACCACUAGUGCAGCAGAAACAUCUACAACAACAGAGAUCUCCACAAUCACCACAACUGCUCCGGAAACAUCCACCACUAGUGCAGCAGAAACAUCUACAACAACAGAGACCUCCACAAUCACAACAACUGCUCCUGAAACAUCCACCACUAGUGCAGCAGAAACAUCUACAACAACAGAUACUUCAACAAUCACAACAACUGCACCUGAAACAUCCACCACAACUGCAACAGAAACAUCAACAACAACAGAGACCUCCACAAUCACAACAACUGCACCUGAAACAUCAACCACUACAACUGCGCCUGAAACAUCUACAACAACAGAAACCUCAACAAUCACAACAACUGCACCUGAAACAUCCACCACUAGUGCAGCAGAAACAUCUACAACAACAGAUACUUCAACAAUCACAACAACUGCACCUGAAACAUCCACCACAACUGCAGCAGAAACAUCAACAACAGAGACCUCCACAAUCACAACAACUGCACCUGAAACAUCAACCACUAGUGCAGCAGAAACAUCUACAACAACAGAGACCUCCACAAUCACAACAACUGCACCUGAAACAUCCACCACUGGUGCAGCAGAAACAUCUACAACAACAGAAACCUCCACAAUCACAGCAACUGCACCUGAAACAUCCACCACUGGUGCAGCAGAAACAUCUACAACAACAGAAACCUCCACAAUCACAGCAACUGCGCCUGAAACAUCUACAACAACAGAAACCUCAACAAUCACAACAACUGCACCUGAAACAUCCACCACUAGUGCAGCAGAAACAUCUACAACAACAGAAACCUCCACAAUCACAACAACUGCACCUGAAACAUCCACCACUAGUAGACCUCCAACAAUCACAACAACUGCACCUGAAACAUCUACCACUAGUGCAGCAGAAACAUCUACAACAACAGAGACCUCCACAAUCACAACAACUGCACCUGAAACAUCUACCACUAGUGCAGCAGAAACAUCUACAACAACAGAAACCUCCACAAUCACAACAACUGCUCCUGAAACAUCCACCACUAGUGCAGCAGAAACAUCUACA